GCUUGUGUCACGGCAAAAGUGAGAGAGCGAGAACAUAACAUUUUAUAUGUCAGUCAGAUCAGAAGCUGUUUCUUGUGAUAGUAGAAAAAAAAUCCGAAUAGUGUUGUCGAGCGCUGCGCCGGGCGGGAGCGGUUAAUGAAAGAAGCAUAUAAAUUUACGACGACCUCAUUCAAACAUCGAGCCCGUCACGUCCGUGCACUGCUCUCUGCGACAGCUCGAGUACAAAAUCGAGAGUCGUCCGUCCGUCAGUGACUGGCAGCGCGGCCAUGUUUGAGUACGGUUUCUGACUUUCUGAAGUUACGGUGGCGAAGAGUGUACGGUUUGUUCCGCUAGUUUUCGCUGCGUUCGCUCUACAGUGACAUUUUUGACAUUUAAAGGACCCCAAACGUCGCGGAGUAAACGAGCAAGAGGGCGCGUUUUGACGGCCAAAAGGAAAAUCAUCAAUCUGCUGCUGUGUGGGCCGCAUAUCGGAACCAGAACGGGGGCAUUCUUUUUUUCUGCUCGCCCCCCAAAUUAUAACAGCGGAACCCUGCGCAACUGUACGGUCAGCAGGGCGGAGGAUCGACAUAACAUUGGCCAGCGCAACCACGGCGCAGGAGGCAAAAUAUGAAGAAAAUAGUGCAACCAGUACGAAAGUGUGGUAGUGCAUAGUAACGAUCAAGUAAGCCGCGAGUGUUGGUCGGUGGUGAUGAAUGACUAAAGUGCCGUCUGACGAAGGAUCGGUAAUAUUGCGUUCCAAGUGAACUUUGUGGCUCCGGUGGUUUCGCAUAGUUGCGAUCAAAAACAGUGCAGCGUUCCCUCGAAUUGUUGGCGUGUUUGGUUAGCUAAGUGUUGUGAUUAGAAGGAAUCCAUUUCGCCUUUGCUCGGAACACGAACUCCGCGUUGGAUAGUGACCGGAAAGUGAUGUGUUUCAGCUCGAAAGAGAUACCGAAGAGAGAAACCGAAAAAUGUAUGCACGAAGCGCUCCCGCUAAAAUGGCUCCCGUCAAGAUUUACGGAACAACCACGACAGCAGUUCAACAGCAACAUCAACAGCAGCAGCAGCAACAACAGCAGCAAAGCACAAUGCAGAUGAACGCAGUGCGGAAAAUCAACAGCCUCUUGCAGAGUGGUGCCGUCUCGGUGACCGGAAUUUCCGGUAGCCAGGCACGCAUGAUGCCGAAAAAGCCACUCAACAACCAGCAGACAAGCGUCUCGAUCACAACCACCAACAGCUACGUUUCAAAGCAGCAAAAAUGCUACGUCUGCGGCGACAACGCUGGUAUCAAUGCCACGCUGCUGACGGAAGCCUCGACAGCCACGUCGCAAACAGAGUUCACUUCAAAGAUAGCAAAAAUCGUUGGCGAAGGCUACAUGGUAAUCAUCGGUACAGACGACGUCGUGUGCAGACGAUGUAUUACGAUGUUCAACCAGAUGGACAAACUCGAAACUGACCUGGAACACGUGCGAAAUACGCUAACAAGUUUUAUACACAGAAAAUACAACAUACUGGAUGACGAUCCGAGUCUCGCACCUCCGCCGGCGAAGAUUCAGAGACUUGGCGGCAUUGGAACGGCAGCGACAACCUACAGUGUUAAAACGGUAAAUGACUCUGGCCAGGAAAUGGUUGACGUUUCCAGGAAGUCAAACACAUCUGGUACACUGUCAGAUCUGACCAACAGCGGAAUGGACAUUGAGAGUCAGCUGACGAAUAUGUUCGAAAAACCGCAACAGAUUGUAACACAACAGUUACAACCACAGCAAUCGCAAAUCCAGACUACAAACAAUGGAGCGAACAUUGUCAGUAGCACGGCACAGCAACUGCCCUCGACGGCAAUCCGGAGGAAUCCAAUCAAAAUGUACAAGUGCAUGUCCUGCGAUUUCAAGACCCAGGAUCUAACCCAAUUCCAACCCCACUACGAGCAAUGCAAGGCAAAUACAAACCAGCAGCUCGUAACACCGACUUCCACAGCCACGACGACCACGUCGUCUGCAUAUCGCUGCAAACUGUGUAAGAAAAUCUUCGCCUCUGUUGCUCUCUUGAAGCAACAUAACGCUCUGGAGCACCAAAAUCCUGUUCAGCAGCCAACAGAAAUCAAGAUAGUUGAGCAACAAGGUUCCGGCACGACGAUAACGCAACUUUACGCCUGUAACAUGUGCACUUACAAGACCCCUGAUAAGCAAAAUUACGACGACCACCUUCGCAAACACAUCAAACUGAAACCGUUCAAGUGUCGUGUCUGUCUGAUGCGAUUCGAAACGCGCGAACAGGCUUCGAUUCAUGCGAAGAAUCAUCAACCUGAUUACUUCAAGUGCGGUAUAUGCAAUGUCACGUUUAACAAACGUGAACUGCUAAUGAAACAUUUAGAGACUCACGAAAACGUUAAAAAGCAAGUCCCAGUACAGAAACACACGACGAUAACAACGGUCCAGCAAGCACCAUCCCAACAGCAAACCCAACAAAUCACCCACCACCAUCAACAACAACAACAGCAGCAGCUUAUGCAACAACAUCAACCAUCAGCACAGAUACGCAUCAAAAGCGAAAUGCCAGUGGCCGAUUCAUCGACGCAAAAACUGCUACAGGCAACGAUCGAUGAAGCGUUACGGGAUACGAUCGGCGAAACGAUCGAUGCCAAAUCGAUUCAAUUCCACUCCUGCAACACCUGCUCCCUGACAUUCCUAAACGAGAAACUCUACACUCAGCACAUGAAAAUGCACUCGGGAGGAGCGGGCGGUACCCCGGCACCGUUGACGACUAGUCAAACGGUCGGUGGAACGACCAUCACCACCAGCAAGAAAAUGGUCAGUGCGAAUGCGUCCACGUUGAAUAACGGCGGCCAGGAACUGCACGGAAAGUUGCUUGCCCCGGGCGGCGCUCCCGGAUCGACUCUCACCACCAGCCAUAGCAUCUCGGAUGGAGAUCUGGAAAGUAUAUUCGAAAAGAUACACUCCGACAAGAAUGAUAUGAACCCGGGCGAUAAUAUGGUCAUCACCAGCCAGGAUAAUGCUACCGGCAAUAUCACGUACAGCAUUACGUUGGCCCAGCAAGGCCAGCGGGGACAGACUUACGUUCAACAGCAGCAAGCGGAGCUUGCCGAGAACAAGAUGAUAACCCAAAACCAGGUCAAACAGCAACAGACUGCCGUUAGUAUUGACAUGCCGACGCUUGAUCAGGGCGAAGAUCAGCAACAACAUCAGCAGGCUCAGCUUCAACCCAAACAGGAAGCGAUGAAUAUGCCCGUUAGCAUGCCAAGCCUUGACGACGAUGGCGAGCAGUCACAGAACAGUCAGAACUCGAACGCGGAAGGUGCUGUUCACAUGGAACUGGAAGGCAUACAGGACGCCGAUGGUCAACAGAUCAAAUUUAUUCUCAACGAGAACGGGCAGAUACUGCAACUGGAUAACCAUAUUCUGACCACGGACGCGGAUGGAAAUCAGAUUCUGGUCCAGGGCACGGAUAGCGAACAGAUUCAGCAGCUGCUGCAGAGCGUUGGUGUUGUGAUGCAAAGUGGUGAAGGUUUAGGAGAAGGCGAAACGUUACAAAUGAUCGGUGGUGAUGGACAGACAGGGCAAAUGAUUUUGGUACAAGGCGCCGACGGACAGGAACAGUUGAUCGAUGCUUCACUGCUGAACGCCGAUGGAAACAUUGUUAUUCAGCAAUCUCAAGAAGGUGAACUCAAUGCCGAGGGAACACAUAUAACAACUGAAGAUGGACUGCAGAUUCCAGUGUCAUUCACUACCUCGGGAGAAGUGGACCAGGAAGGUAAUUUGACUGUUUCCAUGGCUGGUGGCGAAGGCGGCGAACAGCAGAUUCAGUUGCAUCUUCAACAAGCCGACAACGAUGGCGAUGAACAGCAGCACAUGGACGGAUCAGAGGAUCAGCAAGGUAUCCUCACCGAAGGUGGUCAUAUAAUCCUUCACACUCAGGAGCAGGUCGAUGAACAACAGAAACAGGAUGAAGAAAAUGAGCGUGCUCAGACUGCAUCAAGCGGUCGUGUGGAAGCAAACACUACUGGUAGUGGAUCAAUAGUUGGCAGCGGUACCAGCUCCGGAACGACAGCUACCGGUGCCGAUGAACAGGGAAUGUUUAACUUUGAUGAACUCAUUCAGCCUCAGGUGGUUAUCAAACAACAGGUAAGGCGAGAUUGACCCUAAGACCAAAAUUCGACCAACGCAACCACAUUUUAUGUUUGUUUGGUUUUGUUGUGUAAAAAGUUGAAGAAAUGCUUUAGACAUGUACACUCUGAGCACCUCCAGUUUGUUCCGCUCUCCCUUUUAUUAUGUUGAUCACUAAUUUAAAUUGGUAGUAGCAACCCGUAGAUGAUUACGUGUAACCCUACAUAUUACAGUAAGAAUCGAUUUUGUCAUUAGAGAAAAACAACCCAGUUUGAUAAUCCAAUGUACGGAUACGCACCCACAGGCUCAACCCCGGCACACGCACUAUCCGCAGACUCAUUAUCGUGAGAGGUCCUUGUUACUACAUCAUAACAAGUAAUGAGUUUAGUUUAAACAAAAUACGCUGAACGGAGACAAGAAACAAAAUAAAUAUUAUUAAUUAUAACAGUAAUGAUUACAAUUAGGAAGCAACUAGUUUUUCUUAGAAAUUAAAGCCACACAAAACUGCAGAAGACGAACGAGUCUAAUGAAUUUGGUGUAAUAUUUGAAAUGUUUUUCCAAUAAAGAUUUCAAAAACUACACCGCAAAA